AUGGACCUGUCCACAGCCCUGCUGCCCCUCGCCGCCAAUGACAGCAACACCUCAGAGCCUGGAGGAGGCAACCUCACUUCUGGCUUUUCACCACCACGCCUGUGGCGAGUAUCCUAUGUCAACAUCAUCAUGCCUUCUGUGUUUGGCAUCAUCUGCUUGCUGGGGAUCGUGGGGAACUCGAUGGUUAUCUUCACCGUGGUGAAGAAGUCCAAAUUCCACGGGUGCAACAAUGUCCCCGACAUCUUCAUCAUCAACCUCUCCGUGGUCGACCUGCUCUUUCUCCUGGGCAUGCCCUUCAUGAUCCAUCAGCUCAUGGGCAACGGAGUCUGGCAUUUUGGGGAAACCAUGUGCACACUCAUCACGGCCAUGGAUGCCAACAGCCAGUUCACCAGCACCUAUAUCCUCACGGCAAUGGCCAUUGAUCGCUACCUGGCCACAGUCCACCCCAUCUCCUCGACCAAGUUCAGGAAGCCCUCUGUGGCCUCCCUGGUGAUUGGCCUCCUCUGGGCACUCUCCUUCAUCAGCAUCACCCCAGUGUGGCUCUACGCCAGACUUAUCCCCUUCCCUGGAGACACUGUUGGCUGCGGCAUUCGCCUGCCCAACCCAGAGACUGACCUGUACUGGUUUACCCUGUACCAAUUCUUUCUGGCCUUUGCUCUGCCCUUCGUGGUCAUCACAGUGGCCUACGCACGGAUCCUCCAGCGGAUGACGUCUUCAGUGGCCCCAGCUUCUCAGCGCAGCAUCCGGCUCAGGACCAAGAGGGUGACACGCACAGCCAUUGCCAUCUGCCUGGUCUUCUUUGUCUGCUGGGCACCCUACUAUGUGCUGCAGCUGACCCAGCUCUCCAUCAGUCGCCCCACCCUGGCCUUCAUUUACCUCUACAAUGCGGCCAUCAGCCUGGGCUACGCCAACAGUUGCCUCAACCCCUUUGUCUACAUCGUGCUCUGUGAGACCUUCCGCAAACGUCUGGUGCUCUCGGUCAAACCGGCUGCCGUGGGGCAGCUCCGGACGGUCAGCACUGCCCCCACUAUGGAGGAGAUGACCGAAACCAAAAGUGCCUGACACUCCCUCCAUACUCCAGGCACUGCCAACAAACACAGCCAAGACAAGACCAGUUAAUGGGGGGCUGGGGGGAGGAUUAUGGACAUAAGACCCAGAUAAAACUGGGUUCAGGUGAUGCUGAG